AUGAUGUCCCUCUCGCCCACAACGUCCAACGACUACGAGCAACCCAACGGCAAGCGUCGUCGCACGGCCAGCUUCGCCGCCGGUGCAGGCGGUCCCGCCCCCAACGGCCCUGCCCGGUCCGAGAUGGGCUCCCCGAGCGAGUCCGCGUCCGGGCUCGCCGCCCCGCCCACUCCCGGCGGCGGGGGGUCCGCCCACAUCCCCAAGCGCGGUGCGCGCGCCUGCACCAACUGUCGCAAGGGCAAGAACAGGUGCGAGGGCGAGUCUCCUUGCCGCCGAUGCCAACUGAGCGGGGCACAAUGCGUAUUCGAGAAACCCGAGAAGAAAAACGGACAGGCCUUGUCCUCUGCGAGCGUCGAACGCCUCUCCCGCCUCGAGGGCCAGUACCUCGUCAUGCAGAGCCAGAUGAUUGGCAUGCAGUCCUCCCUCGACCGCAUCCUCUCCGCCAUCCAGAGCCAGAAUCAGGCGCUCGUCCAGGGCGGCCCCGCGUACCCCCCACCGGGCGGUCCGUCGCGCGAGAGCCCCGUCAUGUCUGGGCCCAUGCCGCCGCAGCGCAACAACGAGAUGUACGGGAACUCUCCGGGCGGACAGGGCGACGGACCGCCUCGUCCGCGCGCGUUCCCGCCCCUCCCGGGCUUUGCUCCACCGCCGCACAAGUACGCGACGUACGGUAUUGUGCCGAGUACUGCGCCAUCCUCGGACGACGAAUCGGAAGACACGCUUCCCCGCUCAACGCUUAAUGCGCCUAUCGAGGCUCUACAGGGGCUUGCGAACGCUGCUGCAGAGGCUGCCGCCGCCCCAUCCGCUCAGCCUCCCAGGGUGAAGAAGCGCAAGCGCGCUGAGCCGACCCCGCGCAAUGCCUUCCCCCACGUCGUCGAAAAAGGACUCGUUUCCGACGCCGAAGCCCGCGAGCUCUACCACAUAUUCUUCUCCGGAUGCCACAUCUUUAUUCCCGUGUUUGACCCGACGUACGACACGUACGAGGGGCUUAUGGAGCGCAGUCCGUGGACGUUCGACGCCAUUCUCGCUGUCGCGGCCAAGAUCCGGAGCGGGACCGGCCCGCUCAUCCCCGCGUUCUACAAGUGUCUCGAGGAGGCGCAGGGCAUCGCACGCUCGUCCCUUUUUGGACCUGUCGUGCGCAAGGAGGCCGUCCAGGGGAUGCUUCUGCUCGCGGCGUGGAGCACGAAUGGGUGGCUACCUAGUGGUCACGCUAUGCGCAUGGCGCUCGACCUCGGUCUCCAUCGUGCGCUCGAGAAGCUUGCGGAUGACGGCGGAAAGAAGCGCUCCGAGGAGGAAGAGCGCAACCUCGUGGUAUCCGCCCGCAUCUGGCUCUGCCUGUACUGGUUCGACCACCAGAUGAGCCUGGGGACGGGCCGGCCGAUCGUGCUGCGUGAUGAGAGCUCGAUCCGCCACUGCCGUGUGCUGCUCUCACACCCCAUGGUCUCGCCCACGGAUGUGCGCCUCGUCUCCCAGGUUGAGCUCAUCGCACAGAAGACGCAAAUCUACGAGACGCUGUCGCCGCUCAACGGGCAAGUGAACCACAACACGCUCUCCUUCAUCCGCCGUGCGAACAUCGCGCUCGACAAGUGGUGGGCCGACUGCGACGAGCUGCACCGCCAAUCCAUGGACGACGAGGCGCUCCCACGCAAGAUCCUCGCGGGCGAGCUGCACUACGCGAAGCUGUGGCUCGUGUGCGUUGCGCUCCGCGGCGUCUCGUGGGACAAGAUGCCGUUCGAGCAGCGCGAGCUCGCGUUCCAGGCGAAGGACGCCGCGUCCAACUGCCUCUCGAACCUGCUCGACUCGCACACCUACAGGGCUGCGCUGCGCUACGCGGUGCACGACUCGCUCGUCAUGGCCGCGUUCUCCGGCCUCUUCUUGCUCAAGAUGGCGAACCUCUUCCCGGCUGAGCUCGACCUCGGCGCGAUCACGGUCCAGGUGGAGCAGCUUGCGCAGCUGCUCUCCGACGUCGCCGCGGAGCGCUAUGCGCUGACGCUCCGCAUCAUGCUCGCGAACCUCCGCCGCAAGAUCGGACUCACGCCGUCUGGUAUGCCCCCUCAAGGGAUGCAAGGCGGGCCUACGGAGGCGAUGAUGGGACCCCCGCCGACGUUCAUCGACCCGAGCAUCGUGCCCCCGCCGCCGUUCACGGUCGAGGAGGUCGGCGCGUGGGCGAACGACCAGCGCAUGUUCAACCCCGCGGCGAUCCCGCUCUGGCUCCAGGAACAGAGCUUGACGGAUCUGGGGCUCCCGCAGAACGGGUCGGACGGCAUCUUCCUGAACGUGGGCCACACGAACGGGUGGAUGGGCGACUUCCCGCCGAUGCCGGAGGCGUGGUGAAAUCCUGUGGCAUCCUCUUGCGCACCCACGGCCUCGCCACCCAGACUGUAUAUAGAGUAAAACGCCUCGAGCAUGGUCCCAGGCAUCGAUGCCUGGGACGAUCGGUUCCGUCUUUCUUAGUGGCCCCGUCGCUUCCCUGAAGAAGCAGGGGGACUAAUGCUCCCGCUUCCGUUCACGUACUGUACGUUGUAGCACUACCCGCGUCCGUCUUCUCUCCGCUGCUCUUGUUGCCUGCCUUUCACAUGUUCGUUCGCACCGACCGAUUCGUCUUGUUUUCCUGUUCAGUCUCGACUCUC